AUGAAGACCAAAUUGGAAGUCUCAAUAGGAGAAGAGUAUAGCAAGCUAAACAAUAGAGAACUCUGGCAACUCUUGUUGCAUAAAACUCGAGGACAGUUUAAGGAAUAUUACUAUCAGCUGAUAGAACCUGCAGAUAUUACUGCAUAUAGGAAUCUUUUCAUAGACAAACUUCCCUAUCCAGUGUCUAGCGUGGUCAGAGAAAGAUAUGAUCAUGAAGUCGAAAUCGGAGCAGUCUACCCAACUUUAGGAGGAAUAGCCUCAAUUGUUAAGAAGCAUAUGGAAGAAGUCUGUCUCAGGCGUAAAACUGAGAAAAUGAUGAAGAAAACUAGAAUAUGCUGUGGUCCAGAACAAGGGCUAGAUAUUCCUCAGCAGUAUGGCUGUCGUAGUCUGUCAAGAAGAAUCUCUAGGAAGAAAUCUAGUAUUCCUAAGAAGCGCUAUCGCCUUAAGCGAUAUUCUGGCAGUAGGCCACCAUGGAAGAGUCGGUCUAAGAAACAAAACUGGAAGAGUCGAAAGUUUUUUCGAAGGGGGGGAGGAUUUAGAAAAACCAACCCAAAGAGAAAAAGUCUAGAUAAGAAAAGAUUCUGCCCUGAAGGCAAGAAAACAUGCCGUUGCUGGAUAUGCAACGAAGAAGGUCAUUAUGCAAAUGAAUGCAGUCAAAGAAAGAAUCGUAAUAAUAAUCGUGCUCAGGUAUUCCUAGGUGUCAUGUCUAGAAAUUAUGAGCCAAUAGAAGAUUCUGACUAUGAUUCUGAUGAGUCCUAUUAUGAGUUAGUUACUGACUCAGAAUGCUCAGAUUCGGAGUACUCCAGUGAUGACUAA